AUGGGUCGGCCUCUCCCACCAGGAAAUGAGGACCAUGCAGAUCCCAGCCCCCCGGGAAUAGAGACCGGGCUGGAUGAUCCCUACACGGAUGCCCUGGUCGCUCCACCGGCCUACGAGGAGGUAUCCCUUUUGAACCACGGCAGCAGCAUCCGCGCCAGCCGCCAUGAUGCUGAAAACUCUCGUAUGCCACUCUUCCUCCUCACUGGCACGACUUCACGUGAUCUCCAUAAUCCAAAGGGACGAUACCUUGGUCGCACCAGCAUUGCCUGCGAGGUGAACGCUGUGCAAGAUGAGCGCUCUGAUUCGGAUCCAGACUUCUUGAAGCAAUGGGUUGAGUAUAUGGCGGCGAGGCCCCCGGCCCCCUACAUUCACGUCAUAGGCAGACACAACGAGACCAGACGAUACAAGGUCAGUGACGACGACGAGGACAAAGAAACAACCGAAGAAGUCACCGAUUUCCGCAUUCUCAUCGGCAUGCAAAACUACGUGUGUCCAGACUCCGGUCUAGAUGCCAUGGAAUUAGUCACUAUCGAAAAUGAUGAGAAAACUUAUCGUGGAACCGCGCUGAAGAGGACGGCCCCUCGUACCAAACCAGACCUCGAAGUUAAUCGGAUCAAGCCGGGAUUGAAUGAGUGGUGCCAUCGCUAUUGCGCAAGCUCCAGCGGAGUGAGAGUAUUCCGCCUCACGCGUAUGGUCACUGGCAUGGACGAGGAUCUCCUGAGCUCGCGUCUCGAAGGCCUCAUUCGCGGCACAGGCUACAGGGGCAGACUCUCGAUUGAAUUCCCCGUCGCUGAUCGUGCUGUCGAUAUCCUCUCAACCAGCGCGCUCAAUAGAUGGCGCACGACGACCUGGAUACGCUGGGUCUUCUACUUGACCUUUCUUUGGAUAUUCUCCUGGCCUAUCCUUCAUUUCAUCACCAAGAAAUACCAUGUGGUGCGUGCAGAGUGGCCAUUCUCUCGAACCGAUGACCAAGGCAGAAAGAAGUAUACGACUAUCAGCGAAGAGCAGUGGAUUGCUAGAUUUGGCCCUGCAGUUCAAAGAUUGUGUCUGGAUAGGUACGAAGGAACGACGUGGGAACACCAUCUAAUACAAGUCUUAAGGAGAGAUAGCGACUUCUACUCAUCUCAGGUAGAGAUCUCAGACCGCCCAGGUCUUAUCAAUCUUGCCGUCGGAGCAUCCCAAGGAGGCCCUGUAGAUUCUCUCUCCCAAAUGAGCAAUAUCAUACACUUCGCGAGCCGGUCAGGCGAUCAAGGCGGGUGGGGGUUUGAUAGAACUAGGUAA